AUGAAACUGGCGUUGGUUUUACCAGGCCAAGGCUUCCAGCGACUUGGUUUGCUGGCACCAUUUGGAAAGUAUUCUCAAAUUAGCGAGGUGCUGACCCAGAUAGAUGAAACGCUUCCUGAUUUACGACUUUCACGGGCCCUCAUGCAUGCGGAUGCUGAUUUAGAUGUCCAGCCAACCUCGAUCGCUCAGCCGCUCAUUCUAGCGGCAUCCUACGCCAUGUACUCGACUCUGAAGCCGCAGCUUGAAGAGCAUGAUGUGGAAUAUGUGUUAGGACAUUCUUUGGGCGAGUUUACUGCCUAUGUUAUUGCUGGGGCCCUCGACUUCCCAACUGCACUAAAGCUUGUCCGAGCUCGUGGGUUGGCAAUGCAGCGGGCGACUCCGGAAAACAACACUGGAAUGCGGCUUGUUAUAAAGAAACGCGGAGUUGAGGGGUUUGAUGAGAAAUUGGCCUUGGCUGCUGAAAAGCAUAACGUCGAUAUCGCCAACUACAACUCGGCAGAUCGUACUGUGCUUGCCGGCGCACUAGCUGAUCUCGAUGCCACUGUGUCGGAAUUGGGUCGCAUCGCUUCUCAACCUCUCAAUGUAUCUGGGGCUUUUCAUUCGAGAUAUAUGAAACCAGCACAGGGCGAGCUAGCAGAGCUGGUUGCCAAAGCUCCCUUCACCCUCCCCACAUCACCCCACAUUAUUUCGAAUCUCACAGCGAAGCCUUAUGAAUCUGUCCAAGAGAUCCGCAAAGCGUGUGUGGAUGCUCUAGUCGAACCCGUACUCUGGAAGCAGUCUUUGCAAUACACGGCCCCGAGAGUCGACGGAAUUGUAUCUCUCGGUCCUGGUCGAAUUGGAAAAUUAACUAUGGGGGAAUAUAAACAGCCUACGUGGUACUAUGAGAACGGAGAGCCUUUCUCUGCCGUUUGA